AUGGAGCUCAGUCAACUUCCUCUUGUGUUCUUGCUGAUUUCAAUCAUUCACUCUGGACAAACUAAAGAAAAAAAAACAAAAGCCAAAGUGACCAUUAAACCUGAUCAACAUGUGUUCAGAGGAGAGACAGUCACUCUCAGAUGUGAAAUAAAUGGUGAAGGAGUCACUAUCAGUCACUGGUAUAAAGAAGGUUUGACCAGUGUUUUUAGCAAACUAAAGGAACACACAUUCAGUUCUGUUACUGAGUCUGACGCAGGUAAAUACUCCUGUUAUGGAUCAGCAACACAAGGAUCGAACUGGUCAGAAAUAAGUGAUGCAGUUACACUGACAGUAUCAGAUUUUCUUACACCUAUUCUGACUGUUGAGCCACGGUAUUUACUGUUCACUGGAGACUCAGUUACUCUGAGAUGUGAGAUGCUUAAGUCACAGAAUGGAUGGGAGUUUCUCUGGAGAAAAGACUCAAACAGUGAAUCUACUGGAGCUGCAACUAGAACAAUCAAUUCUGUGAAAGUCUCUGAUGGAGGAAAGUACAGCUGCAGAGCACGAAGAGGAAGAUACUACACAAAUUACACCUCGCUACAACAAACAGGUGCGUCCACCUAA